CUCAGCGAAGUAUAGAAACCGUCAGACGGAGCUGCCGUGCAUAUCGUAUUUUUCUGCUGUUUAUUUAUUUCUUUUGUCUCCAAUUUCGAAAUUACUUGAAGCUUUCUUGGUUCUUGUUGGACUGAUAAAGUAACGAUGAUGCGUACGUUUAUUCUCGCGCUGUUUGCACUGGCGCAAUUGUACAUUUGCUCGGCUGAGAUGAUCUCAAGGGAACAGUUCAACGCGGCAGUGACGAGCUCUGGAGCUCCGCCACCCGCUGACGAUAUCUACACGCACUUCGCCGAGGCCACCAAAAACUACUCCAAAGAAGAAUUGGCCAUGUUCCUGGCGCAGCUGAUUCACGAGAGCGGCGGCUUCCGCUAUCGCGAGGAGAUAAUCUGUCAAGAGAGCCACUGCCCUGGUCACUAUGUCGACAACGUGGGCCUGCCUGGUAAAUUCUACUACGGCCGCGGUUUCAUUCAGCUCACCUGGGGCGCGAACUACAAGGCCGCCUCCGAGGGUCUCGGUAUGGGCGACUACCUGCUCCAGAAUCCGGAGGUCGUGGCCCAGGACACGAAGACAGCCGUCCUGGUCAGCGUAUGGUAUUGGGAAGCCAGAGUUAAGCCCGUAGUUGGCGGCUCGAACCAGUUCGGAUUGGCGACCAGAGCCAUCAAUGGGGCUAUCGAGUGCUCGGGUGGAUGGAACGAACGGGCAGCUAACAGGUACCAGAUCUACCUCAAGGUUGCCGAUGCCCUUGGUGUUUGGAACAAGGCUUCCGAAAACGGCUGCUAUAACUAAGCAGCUCCUUGCGCGCUGAUCGAUCGUGAAUGUAAGAGUGAUAUGACAUUUCUUUCUGCGUGCUGAAAAUUACUUUAUCGUGGUUUGUGUGUACAUUACCUAUGCUACCUCCUGUGUACUACGAUAUACUAAUAAAAAAUUGCUGCCAAUUUUUUGGCACGUAGCUUCCUUCAAUGAAAUCAA